AUGGGAAUUGCUGAUCAAUUUGGAAUGUUAAUUUUUAUUAUGACUAUAGCUUUUAUUAUUAAAAUUAUUUGGUAUCGUGGAGUUAUUAGGGAAAAUAGUGGAUUACUUAUGAAAGUUGUAUUUAAUAUGGCAUUACCUUGCAUUGUAUUAAAAGCACUUAUUAACCAACAUUCAUUAGAUUCUGAUGCAUGGGUUGUUUUUAUGGCAGGAUGUAUAUAUGAAAUAGUUUUAGCUAUUGGAGGUUUUAUUAUCUUUAGGUUUAUUUUUAAAUCUGAAGUACCUUGGAUACAAAGACUAGGAGGAUGCUUAGGUUGUAAUAUUGGGUUAUUCUUAUUUCCAAUUCUUGAAAUUUUAGAUGGAGAUCAUGCUAUUUCAAUGUCAAUUUUAUUUAAUUUAAGUAACGACUUUUGUUGUUAUUGUGUUAUUAGACCAAUCUAUGCUGUAUUACAAAAUACUAAUAAAUCUAUUAAAGACGAAGAACAAGUUGACAUUGACAUAGAACUAAAAGAUGAAGAAUUAAAACAAAUAAUUCCUGAAGUAGAACACUCUAUUGUUUUAGACACACCAAGUCCUUCUAUUUCGGUUGGUAUUGAUACUCUUUCAAAUUAUGGAAUGAAAUCAUCAACUACUCCACCAAUUAAUGGAAAAUCACCAAAAUUACAAGAAAAUGGUUCAAUAAUUACACCAGAUAAAAUUCAAGAUAUUGGUCAUUCUCAACAAGUUGUUAUUCAAACAGAAAAAGAACGAAAUAUUCUUGACACAAAAAGUAAAAAAGAAAAGAGACUAACUUCUACUGUAGAUAAAAAGCAUUUAAUUUUUACAAUAUUAAAAUCUAUUUUCACUUCAGUUCCAAUGUAUUUCUAUCCAUUAGGUUAUCUUGUUGGACUUUGUGACAUUCCUGUUCCUUUUGUAAUUAGAAAAGUUGUUACAACUGUAGCUUCAGGAAAUACUCUUCUUGCCUAUAGUAUCUUAGGUCUUUUCUUUGAAUGGAAAAUCCCAUUAAAAUAUAUCAAAGUUGUUCUUCAAGUAGCUAUUUUUAAAAUUACAGUUGGACUUAUUGUUGGGCUUUCUAUUUAUCUUUCUACUGGAAAUGUUGCAACACAUAUAACAAGAGUUUGUGUUAUACUGUGUUGUUUAUGUCCAGCACCAUCAGUGAAUAUUAUUUAUUGUGUAGAGUAUAAUGUUGCCCAUCUUGAAUUUUCUUCAGGUAUAGUAAAUUACACCAAUUUCAUAUGCUUUGUUACUAUUAUGAUUGUCUAUUCAAUCCUUGCUUAA